AUGGAAAUAUCUCUGACUAUCAUCUCCAGAACUCUGGAAAAUCUUCAAGUUUUAAAAGGCGUUCCAAUGAAAUGCCAACUGACAAGUUCUGCACCCAACCUCUCCCACAUCCGUCUCGCCAACUUCAAUGCGUGUUUCAAUUCUGAUGUGGUCAAACGAUUGCGAGUUCUUGAAGACACUCCAGGCACAAAAGGAAUUAUCGAGAACCUCGCUUUGGUUGAUCCCAGCGACUUUCAGAUGAAGAAUAAGUUCUUCUGUCACCGCGAUGAUUCCAGCACCACGCCCACUCGUUUCUUCUUGCUCGGCGAAGUGACAAACAGCUCUCUCCUUAGUGGAGAUGUUUCUCGCAACAUAUCUGUUUGUUUCUCCAAUCGCUCCUUUCCCCGCGCUAUGGCAGUCGUCGGCGACGCGCUUGCAGAAAAAGCUGUAUUCCUUCCAUCUUUUCACCAGGGAGUCAGCAUCACCACUGCAAAACGACCUCUGAAAGAGACGAGUACGAGUCCUGCAACCAUACGAGGUCUCACAUCUUCCUCCCAACACUCUGCAGAUUAUAAUUUGCCAGAUCCUGUUCCUGUCUACAAUGGAACUCGCCCUUUUCGGCUCGGACAAUACAAAGAACUUUCGCAAAUUGUAGGCGACAAAAUCUCGCCUAAUUCCGCCGUCGCCGUCAUUUUCACUCUCAGUACGUACCCAUACGACAAACUCAAAAGUCACAUCAAACAUCAAGCUGUCAAUACGUCGAUUACUUUCAACAUUCAAAGUAUCAUCUGGCUUGCAUUCCCAUCAUCAGAAGCAACAAUUGAUCCAUCUCUUCCACCUGCCGAACCAUUUGGAGUCACUUCAGAUUAUCUUCUUGAUGACUCCCCCCCAGUUCAACAGCCAGCAAUCAAUCCCCAGGAGGGAACCCGUGUGCACAACAUCAACGUCGCAGAACGAGUUUGCGGGCGGCGGUACCAUGGUCGUUCAGAGAUGACGAAGCAUCAGCGGAAAGCAUUCCAAAAAUGCGGUGACCAGUUGGUGUACCAAUUGCUGGAAAUCGAUAGAUUGCGCGGACGUAUGGCUCUAAACAAUCCAAGAUUUGCGGCAUACGAUACGUUCCCUGGGCGACAUGGUAGAGUCGACAGCGCAUCAGCGGAACAAGGACAGCUAGCUAGCGCGGAGCGGAUGGCGAUACAACCAUUCAACGUCAAAAUGGACGCCUACGAUCUCAACAACAGUAGUGCCGACGUCGUCAACGCCAAUUUCGGGAAUAUGUUGCAUGGCUGCGGUGCAUUCCCACAAGCAGAAAGAUAUCGCACGCACGCAGAGGCUCAGCCUAACUAA